AACCAGAACGUUAUAACUUGUCAUUGUUGUUUAAGUUUUAGACGAACAAUGUUGUUAAUUCUGGUGUUUAUUUCCUUAGUUGUGGCAUUAAUAUAUUAUGGAACAUAUAAUAGAAAUUAUUGGAAGAAUCGUGGAGUUGUACAAGUGAACGGGCUGUUAUCUAAAUUUAUUUGGAGCAAUCGAUCUAUAUCAGAAAUUUACAAGGAUUUAUAUAUCGAAUAUAUAAAAGAUUGUUAUGUUGGAGUAUUUUUUGGGAUAAAACCGGCGCUUAUAAUUAAAGAUGUGCGCGACGUUCAAUUCGUUAUGCAAGGUAACUUUGAAAAUUUCUACAGUCGUGGUAUUGAUACCAAUCCUAAUGAUAUUUUAGCAGAUAAUGUUCUAUUUAUGGGCGAUUAUCGUCGCUGGAAACUGUUGCGUCAUAAACUUUCACCUAUAUUUACGAGCCUGAAGAUAAAAAACAUGUUUUACAUAAUGGAAAGAUGUGCUCGUGAUUUCGUUAAAUUUGUUGACAGUGACGAAUACGUACCUGGAAACACUUUUAACGCUUUAUAUACUUACACAACAGCUUGUAUUGGAGCUACAUUAUUUGGUAUCGACACUCAAACUAAGAAUACUAUGGAAUCCCCAUUCUUAGAAAUGACUCGCGAAUCAAUUGAACCAUCUUUGAUCGGAAAUUUGAAAUUUACCCUUGCCAGCUUAUCGCCGACUUUAUUUAAUUUAUUUAACUUAAAACAGUUUGGUAAAUACGAAGAAUUUUUCAUAGGCACGGUAAAGAGAGUUUUUGAAAAACGUAGGAAUGACAAACAAAAGCGACAUGAUUUCGUUGACCUCUGUUUGGAAUUGCAAAAGCAAGGAACAAUGAAAGAUCCCGUUACUGGUUACGAAAUAGAAGCUACUGAUGAAGUACUAGCAGCUCAAGCAUUCUUCUUCUUUCUAGCUGGUGUUGACACAUCAGCUACAGUUAUGCACUUUGCUUUACUUGAACUGGCAAGUAAUAGAGAUAUAAAAAAUAAAGUCCACGAAGAAAUUGAUAGAGUUUUCAACGAAUGUGAUGAAAAAUUGAACUAUGAUGAUAUUGAUAAAUUAGAAUAUUUAGACAUGGUGUUGAGUGAAACGAUGAGAAAAUACCCACCAAUCGGUGCUAUUCAAAGGAGUUGUGCUAAGUCCACAGCUUUACCCGUGGGUCAAGUAAAAGUUAUAAAAGACGACAUUAUUGUAAUACCAAUUUUUGCUUUGCAUAGAGAUGAAAUGUUGUACCCUAAUCCAGACGUAUUCGAUCCAGAGCGUUUUUCACCUGAAAAUAUCUCGAAAAUUGUUAAAUUUAGUUAUUUACCAUUUGGCGAAGGAAACCGUAUGUGUUUAGGUACAAGGUUCGCACGUGUUCAAGUCAAGUCUGGUUUAGCGUGGCUUCUUCGUAAAUAUACACUGAAGGAAGAGAAAUACGAACCGAGAUCCUUCGCGCCCAGUUUCUUCGGUUUGAGGGAUUCAAAAGCUAAUUUCAAAUUAAUUUCUAGAAGUUGAUUCUAUAUGAGUUUUUGGCCAACCAAAAUAGAUAAAACCUACUAACUGCCGAUGUGUUUUUGAAUCUCGAGUUUUUAUCUAAUUCAGUCCAUAAAGUCAGUUUGACGUGCCGCGUGUUUUCGUAAUUUAUCAAUUCAUGUUUGUCAGGCGUUAACGAGAAAUGUUUUUAAUUUAUAAUAUUGAUAUAUUGACUUAUUAUAUCUUUUUUAUUCAAGCAUUUGGAAUGUUCACACUUUAUUAUCAUUUG